AUGGCAACUGAAAUCGUCCGUGCCACCUACGCCGAGCAAAGCGCGAUAGAGACUUUCUUGACCAGCGUCUUUGGUGAAGGAAACGCAACUGUCAAGUUAAGAAAUUCGUUGCGGAUGUUCCAGAGGUGUAAGAAGGCUGGCCAUACAGUGGAAACAUGGCAAGUACCAUUAUACCCUCCCAAGAAACCUUACCGAGUGAAAGGCCGAAAAGGAAAAGAUGGGGGAAACGGCGAACGUGGAACACUAUGA